AUAGGUGCAGUGGUGGCUCAUCACCUGGGAAAGGAGAUCAACCCGACGAGCAGCCGUUGGUCUCCAGCCCUCCAGGGACAUCUGAUCUAUCGAGGACAGAAGAGGAUAUCCGGACACUCCCUGAUGCCUUGGAAUUCUCAUAUUCCUCCAGCUGUCCUUUGCAACCUCUCCUUCAGGGACUUCAUCUGCGCGACGAAGGUCAGGCUGGAAUACUCGGUGGAGAUCUUCCUGUCACCUGGCAUCGCCGGUGCCGAGAGGAUCUACAAGUGUCAUGGCUUCCCCGGUGAACCCUCCGAAUGGAACAAGUCGAAAUAUCUCGAGGAUGUCUUCGUCAGCCACAAGAUGGAACAACUCCAGGAAUACGAUCAUCAUCUCGCCUGGGCCACUGUCUACAACGUCCUCGAUCAGUACAGGGAAAACAUCCGAUGGCAGAACACCUACUUCAGGGAUUAUGGUUUCAGUUUUUAGAAAAAUCCUUCGGAGAUAAUCUGUUCAUUCAAUUAUUCCCUCUAUUAAUUGAUAAUUAAUUAUAAUUGAGGUGCAAAUAAUUCCUGCAAUUUUGCAAAAUGAAAAAUAUCAU